AUGCAAACAAACCAUAGAGAAACAAGAAGCCCAACAAGCAGGAAGAGACCGUGCAUAUUUUGCUCACGUGUUCACUGGGAUAGUGAUUGUGAUAUCUAUUCAACGGUCAAAGGCCGAAUGAAGCGCCUCAAAACACUGAAGAAGUGUACAAUCUGCCUCAAAGAUAGUCAUCAAGGAGAGACAUGCAAAGCAAAAAAAAGAUGUUUUUAUUGCAAGGCUUCACAUAACAGCGCCUUAUGUGAAAAAAGAAGCACACCAACUCUUAACAUUACGACACUUCCGAAGAAGCAGGAAUCAAUAUAUCCAGACAAAAAGGAAAGUCCGGUACUACUGUAUCACUCAACAGGCGAGCCCCAAACAAACAAAGCGAAAGACAUUUUACUCUUAUGCUCACAGCUGUCCUUCAUUUCAAAGAAAUUAUCCUCGCAAUUGCAAUUAGCAGAAUCAGAUCACCGAAAUAUGUUAGUAGCCCCAUUCGGCACAAAGGAACCUUUACAGUGUCCCACUGCCAAUGCGCAAUUGAGUAUAUGCACGGUGGACAAUGAAAUUAUCACAAUCAACACUCAUUUUGUCGAUUCACAAGAUAAAAAGGAAUUACGUUCUCGAUAUAUUAUGGUCCAUUCGAAAGUGGGACCUAUGAUAACGGGAGAAGGUUAUAUCGACGAACUUUGUAAUUCCAAAGGUCACUCUAUACCAAUAAUAUGCUCAGUAUACAAAUCCGAAUUCGGAAUUAGAAAAAUUCUGGAGACUGGAAAUGAUCGGUAUGUUGGCCGUGGAAAGACUCUAAACAAAGGCUUAGUAACAAUUACGGGUUAUGUAUCGGACGCUUGA